AUGAAGUUUGCGCUCACAAAUCUCCUCGGUGAUCCAUUCUGGGUCAUCACGCUCUCGAUGUGUCUAGUAGGUUGGAUUAUUGCGUUGGUUGGCUCCGUACUAGACUACUCCACGAACGACAACUUCCCCAUCUUCAGCUGGUGGGGUCUAGCUUUCCAGUUCCUGGUGAUUGUGCUCGCAACAUAUGUGAUCAUCAUCAAUCGUAUUAUCAUGUACCGCCAGGCUCUGCUGGCGAUGCUGGCAGUAGCCACUGUGUACUCGACAAACUCAACCAAUAAUUUCGUUUGGCGCGAUACCUCACAAGCUGCCGCGACGGCCGCGGGCCAGAUUCUGCUGUCUGUGGUCAACAUUAUCUGGAUCCUUUAUUUUGGCACAAACGCAGACGAGCCGGUUCAUUCCUUUGUGCUGUCAUUCGCAGCCCAAAAACGACCCCCGGAGCCCGGGGCGCGCAGUCGCAGUAACCACCGCCAAGCCGACUACUAUGAGGGGCGCAGAGCGAUGCAAUCGUUCCCACAACCACCGCUGUAUUUUUCGGACCAGCUCCGAGGCUUUGAAGUCGUCGAUACCGAGCCAGCCACCGAGGAGACCAACCCGCUGGAUCCUUUCGGUACUGAACCAAGCCACCAAGGGGUCUCAACUGGCGUGAACUCUAAUAUUACCACCCAGGAGCGGCCAGCGUCUGUAUAUUCCGGCUAUAGCGACCGAUCGAACGGCUCUAUGGCCCCCCACUACGUCUACAAGGCCCGGGCCCUGUUUGACUACACAGCGAAUCCCGAAGACACGAAUGAGCUGUCAUUCCAACAAAACGAGAUUCUAGAAAUAAGCGAUAUCACCGGCCGCUGGUGGCAAGCUCGCCGUGCAAAUGGAGAGGUAGGCAUUGCCCCUAGCAACUACGUUGUUCUUUUGAAUCUCUCGACUUGA